AGGAGGAGGGGGGUGGGGAUGGGGGAACCGGAGGGGUGGAGUCUAGGACUUGCGCCGCAACGACGAUGCAUAUCUAGUCAACAGCCGCCGGAGAAGUCGCCUCCACCACCUUCGGAGAAACCACCAUCUACACCACACGAUGAAGAGACCACCAGGGCCUCGGCCGAUAUGCGCGGCCUCUUCGACCGGGUAUCGCAUAUCCACCGGCCGUCGAAGGAUGAAAUGUUAGCGGCGGCAACGGGAGUGUGGCAGCGUUUACGGAUCCGCGCGAAGUGGUCGCUUAUACGCCAGAUGCGGCCGUAUAGCUUUGAGGAUGUUGCGGCGCUCUUUUCGUGGUUGUUUCUUGGACAUGUUGUUUGGGUUGUGGUUGGGACGACGACGUUCCUCAGUGUGGCUAUUUUCCUUGUGAAUUCAGUUUUUGCUCAAGAGAGUCUGGCUGGAUUGAUCGGAAACUACCUUACCAAGGAAACAGGUCUCACAGUGGUCUUCGAAUCUGCAAUCGUCCCGCGCUGGAAAGAUAACUGCAUCCAGUUCAAGAACGUCUUCGUCUCCCGCCGUCCCGGAAAGAAACACAACCGCCACAACGUCAGCAAAGGCUCCGCCGAGACCGCCGCUGCAGCCGCCGCAGCUACUAUCCGCGCCGGCGGUGGUAUCGAGCCCGAGUCGCCGCAGCAUGUCGACCCCGAGGAGGAGGAGGACAACAACCUCACCCAGUUCGAUGUCACCAUGGAGACGGUUAACGUUACGCUUUCCUUUGCGAGGUGGAUGAACGGCAAGGGACUACUGAAGGACGUCGAGAUCAAGGGUGUGCGCGGUGUUAUCGAUCGGACUCAUGUUGUCUGGGAAGACAACGUUGACCCUCGCAGCCUGAAGCACGAGCGCCAGCCAGGUGACUUCGAAAUCGAGUCGUUUAAGCUGGAGGACUUCCUGGUGACUGUCUACCAACCUGACGGCUUCCGCCCGUUCCACGUCUCCAUCUACUCCUGUGACCUCCCCCAGCUCCGGAAGCAAUGGCUCUUCUACGAUCUCCUCAGCGCCAACUACUGCUCGGGCUCCUUUGAUGACUCCCUCUUCACCAUUCACCCACGCCAAAGCCACAACAUCCUUCCUGGAGCCAACCGCGACGCCGAGGACGGCCGUAAUCUGUGGAAAAAGACUAGCCGCCUCCGCAUCGACGCCCUCGAGAUUGACCACCUCAACCGGGGUAUCGAGGGACCUUUCUCCUGGAUCCAGCAAGGAAAUGUCGAUAUCGUCGCAGAUGUCCGCUUCCCACUCGACGACGACGCCCAAUUCACCAAGCUCGUACACGACAUCUACGAGCACAUGGAAGCAUCUGUCGCCGCCUCCAGCCCAGAUAAGGAGCACCACGACUUCUCGUCCAUCAUCUCCUCAAUUGGCAAAGAUCGCUCGGAAGAGAAAUUCCUCGUACUAGAUCUCCACGUCCAGCUUAAUGACGUCCGUGCCGCAGUCCCGAUCUUCUCCAAUGAUCUGAGCUACGUCAAUAGCGCUAUGAUCCGCCCCAUCGUUGCCUACGUAAACAGCCGGAAUACAUACAUUCCCAUCAACUGCAGCGUCGUCAAGUCCCUGGGCGAGUUCGAUGGCAGUUGGACGGUGUAUGAUAGUGGACUGAUGGAUGAUUUGUCUGCGGAGACGUACGAAGCUUUUGCGCGCAACGUACACGAUCAACAGGCCCGACGAAGGAGAAUGAAGAAGGUCGGACUGUGGUCGCUCCAGCUCCUGGCCCAGGCGUUCUUGAUGGCCAUGGCCAGUAGUGUGGCGUAGAUCUUCUGACUCAUCUCCAAUCCGUUUUAGUUUUUGUUUUACUGUUCAUGUAGUGAGGUAGAUGGGAGGAUGUAGGAACCAUAUGACGAUGUGUACAAUAAGUAUGAUACCGGUAGAGGGGUGUACCGACUAGGAAUUACCAUGGGAAGCUCACGUCCCAUCACCGAC